AUGGUAGUUGGGGAACCUACAACUAGGAUGACCAACUCAAAGGGUCUCAGGCGCGGAACGCGCUACAUGUUCGCCCGUGAUUUCCGUAAGCACGGAAUCGAGCAUUUGUCGACCUACUAUCGCAUCUAUAAACGCGGAGAUAUCGUUGACAUCAAGGCUAAUGGAGCUUUCCAAAAGGGUAUGCCGUUCAAGGCUUACCACGGAAAGACUGGAACUGUUUUUAACAUCACGAAGAGCUCCGUUGGAGUCAUUGUCAACAAGCGUGUACGAGGACGAAUCGUCCCCAAGCGCAUCAACAUCCGAGUGGAACAUGUUAAACCCUCCACCUGCAGACAAGACUUCUUAAACCGCGUGAAGGCUAACGAAGAGAAGAAAAAAGCAGCCAAAGCAGCCGGACAACCUAUCCCACUCCUUAAGCGCUUACCUGUUGGACCUCGUGAAGCACAUGUUGUCAGCACCAAGAACAAUGAGCCAGAACUCCUCGCUCCUCUGCGAUACGAGAUCGUUGCUUAAGUUGUUUGUUGUUUAUAAAUUGUUAUCAUUUCUAUAUUUAUGAAGCAUAUCACGGAAUACAAGAUUGUCGUGUGACAGUUACAGAGU